UUGUUCCCAGGAAACAGUUUUUUGGUUUUGUUUUACUCGUCACUGUUGCUGCUAAAUUUCUUUUUUUUGGGGGGGGGGGUGUCAAACGUAACUUAAAAAUAAUGUUGUUUGAUUAGUUGUUUACAGUUGUAUGUCUGUCUUGUGGCCAUUUGUUUCUUGUUGCCAGGCAGGACUAAAUGGAUGUCUUUGAGGAAAAUAUGACCCCAAAGGCGAUGCUUGAAAAGAUCUCAGAGCUUGCCCACAGUCACAGGAAGCUGAUGGUUGUAAACGCUGAGCUGAGAGAACUGCUUGAUGCAGCGGACGAUGAGCUGACACUGAUGCGAUCAGAAAACGACGCUCUGAGAAAACAAGUGAAGACGAUGGAGCAGGUCAUCACAGUUGGCCUGCAGGGAGAAACAGAGCCUUACGGGGCGCACCUGGGUCAUGAUCUUGAUGUAAAGCAAAGAAACACUGAAAAUAAGGUGCAAGAACUGGAGAUGGAAUCCUUGGUGAUGAAGGAACAAAAUGCGGGACUGACGUCAGAGGUUCAGAGCCUCCAGGAGCAAAGCAAGAAGGACAAGAUAAGCUUGAAGAGGUUCAGUGUUGCUAUUCAGAAUCUGGAGUUUUGCGUAGAAGAGGCUCAGGUAGGACUGCAGCAAAGGGAUGAGAUUAUUCAACAGAACAAGCUGCAAUUAAAACAAGCAGAAGAAACUGUAGAGGAGUACUUCAACAUCAUCAAGGAUCUCAGGCUGACCAACCAGGAGCUGAAGAGUCAGUUAGAGGACAGAGAGGACGAGGCGUCACUUGACUCUCGCAAUGACUUGAUGGGAGAAAAGGAGGCAUCAAAUAUUCCCGGGAUGUCUUUCGCAGAGGAAGUUAAGCUGCUCGCCUCCACAGUGGAGAUGAAAAGCCUGUUGGUACCCUGCAAGGAUUCAAGUCAUGAGGAAACUCAGGCUAAGGAAUCAACCAGUCCUCCAGUCAAGCCUGAAACAAGCAAGUGUACACAAGCCAAGAAGUCCACCAACCACAAAGUGUUUGUGCUCGUCAUUGUGGCCGUCAUCACCGUUUUGCUCGUUGCAGCUGCAGGGCGCUGUGCACGAAGCGCAGACUUUCUCUCCAUUGACAACCUGUGGAGGAGCGUACGCCUGACACUACAGCCUUACUUUAGCGUGCACUACGGGGCCUUGCCUCCUGUCUGACACAAACUCUUCUUUUUGUUGUAAACUUUGGAUUCAUUGCUUGUGAUAACACACUUU